GUAACCAUAGAGAAGGAUGUACUCGUAAAUUAAGACCUGUAUCUGUGUCAAUGUUUGCAGGUGACACUUUCAUGGAGUAAAAAAAUCACUUUAGAUAGUUGAAAGAGGAGGGAGAGAGGCUACCAAAUUCGAACCACGAUAGAAUCGUGUUAAUCAUACAACGUUAGAAUCCGCAGAACUGGUGACACCCGUACAAGAUGACGCCCUGCGACGGUGAAAAGAAACCCCCGCCAUCAGGUGAGGCCACAGUCGGUGGGAUCUUUCCGGAUGAGAUUGCUGUUAUCAAGAAACAAGCCCAAAAUGACAAGCGCCGUCCACUGAAGAUUGUGAUCAUCGCGGGAGUUGCCGUGAUGGCUGUUCUGGCCAUAGGCGUUCUCUUGUUGAUCACUCGCCCCUCGCGACAUGGAGUAGUCACGUGCUCACUGAACUUCUGGACCGGAAAGCAGCUCUUGCACGAGACCGUAGAGACCGACAAAGACGCGGAGACAGACGCGUUUUACACCGAGGGGUCCAGGGGAGAGGCUGCGGUCAUGUAUGACCACUCCAGUAUGAUGAAAGCAUUCAAGCUGUCGCGAAGUAAUAAGACCUGCUUCAUCUUCGAAGAGACACAAGGAGAGAAAAAUGCCGUGAAGAAGACAGCAGAAGAACUUGAAGAAAAACAGGACGGCUCCUUGCAGUUUGCUGAGUACGGAGGCGCCAUGCUGAUGACCGUGGAUACAGAGCGACCAGCCCGCCCGGUCCUGAGUCAGAAACUGCAGAACUUCUGCGGACAGCUCGAGCCGCGCUGGGCCAAACUCACCCCGGCUACUGAGGAGGAACAGCAGGGAGACAGGGUGGAGAUCAUCAUGCCUGCCGAAGCCAGAGACAUGGGGGAGCUUGCAGAGAUGCCUGUCGGCCCUGGGAACGAGAAGGAGACACCACCCACACCAUCGUCCACCCAUCCUCUCACAGAAUCACGUGAUCAUCACCAUGACAACCAGGAUUGCAGACACAAGUUGAAGCACAUGCUGGAGCGGCAGUCUGUUCACAUCGCCAUUGUUGUGCUGAUCGUGCUGGACACGCUUAUCGUCAUCAUGGAGCUGCUGAUCGACGUGCGCGUCAUCAAGCUGUGUCCGGACCCGCCUGACGUCUGCGUACCCAAGGCAGGGCACAACGGGACUACAGGGCUGGUGACGACAGGUGCGCCUGGCCAUCACGUGAUCGAUGCGGGGGAUCAUGGGACAGGUGGACACGAGGAAUGCCACCAUGUCUUGAUAGAAGUUCUUCAUGUCGUCAGUAUCCUCAUCUUGUGCAUCUUCGUGGUUGAGAUCGCGCUGAAGAUCUACGUGGACCGUCUGGAGUUCUUCAAGAACGGUUUCCACGUGCUGGACGCCGUGGUGGUGCUGGUGUCUCUGGGGCUGGACAUCGCCUCGCUGGUCCGCCCCUCCGCCUUCACGGACGCCGGCGGGCUGCUCAUCCUGCUCAGGCUCUGGAGGAUCACCAGGAUCGUCAACGGUAUCAUCAUAUCAGUGGAAGAAGAGUGGGAACACAAAGUGAACCAUCUCAAACACGAGCACCAGCUGGUGGAGAGGGAACGAGAUCGCCUCCUGAAGGAAAACGCGCUCCUGCAAAAGACGCUGACCAAUCACGGCAUCGACAUACCAAAGUUACCACCCGACUCUGGGGACGAGAGCACAUGCGAAUUCGAGUUUGAGUAGUUAUAAGCAUAGGGC